AUGGCAGCUAGCUUCAGAACGCUCAGCAGAGCAGUAUCCCGCCCUGCCGCCCGGCAACUACGGCCCUCUGCAUCAAUCACCCUUCCCACCGUCCAGACAAGACUACACUCGUCCAAGCACCCAAAGGGAUUUGAGGCACCCACGACCGACGAGCUAGAGGAGUUACGCGCGAGCGUGCAGGAAUUCACCCGCCGCGAAAUCACAGAAGAAGUCGCCGCACACACAGACAAGAGCAAUGCCUUUCCCAACGAGAUGUGGCCGAAGCUCGGCGAGGCAGGACUCCUGGGCAUCACGGCCGACCAGGACGUCGGUGGAUUGGGCAUGGGGUACCAGGCACACGCCGUGGUCAUGGAGGAAAUGUCCCGCGCCUCAGGGUCCAUUGGUCUGAGCUACGCGGCACACUCGCAGCUCUGCGUGAACCAGAUCCAACUCAAUGGCAACCCGGAGCAGAAGAAGAAGUACCUGCCAGGCUUGAUUGCAGGCACCAAGAUUGGUGGGCUGGCCAUGUCUGAGUCCGGCUCGGGCAGUGACGUGGUGAGCAUGCGCACUUCGGCGAAGAAGGUGGACGGCGGAUAUCUGCUCAACGGAUCCAAGAUGUGGAUCACCAACGGCCCUGAUGCCGACUUGAUUGUCGUCUAUGCCAAGACAGAGCCUGACAAGGGAUCCAAGGGCAUCACAGCCUUCUUGGUCGAGACGAAGACGGAGGGAUUCAGCUGCGCCCGGAAGCUCGACAAGAUGGGCAUGCGCGGCAGCAACACCGGCGAACUCAUGUUCGACAACGUCUUCGUGCCGGAGGAGAAUGUCAUGGGCAAGAUCAACGGCGGCGUGCGCGUCCUCAUGGAGGGCCUCGACCUGGAGCGCCUGGUCCUCUCUGCUGGUCCCCUGGGCAUCAUGCAGGCCGCUCUGGACGUGGCCCUGCCCUUCUCCCACCAGCGCAAGCAGUUCGGCUCGCCCAUCGCUCAUAACCAGCUCGUCCAGGGCAAGCUGGCCGACAUGUAUACCAAGUUGCAGGCGUCGCGGGCGUAUACCUACGCCACGGCCAAGCAGGUCGAUGAGCAGGGCAUUAUUCGCACCCAGGACUGCGCUGGUGCCAUCUUGUACGCUGCGGAGCGUGCUACUGAGUGUACCCUUGACUGUAUUCAGUUGCUGGGUGGUAUGGGCUAUGUUGAAGAGAUGCCUGCUUCACGGUUGCUGAGAGAUGCGAAAUUGUACGAGAUUGGUGCUGGAACUUCUGAAAUUAGACGCAUGGUCAUCGGACGUGCCUUCAACAAGGAGUAUGCCAAUGCGUAA